UCGGCGGCACCGACGGGAUGAGAGAGUUUUUCCUCUCGUUCCUUGAAAGGCAAAACUUCGGAUUGUUUAUUGACAGUGCCGCUUAGCAUGUAACAUCAAUAAUCUUCGAUCGCAAUUUUAAUUCAGCUCUAUUCCCUUAAAUUUCUGCAUUUCUUUACAGAGUUACUCUGCCGCAGAGAUCAACGCUCUUCGAUUAAAUUUCCCUAUGUAGAACGGACAAACAAAAUGAUAUCGCCAAAGCAAACCAGUGAAGGUCGAGGUUCUUCUCAUUUCGGACACACUCCUUUGCUGAUAAUCCAUAUUAUUGGAAUCUUCUUGAGAAUAUGGUCAGUUUAUUCCAUGUAUGGCAAUUUGUCCCAGCCUGCAGCUUUAGUGGUACCGCCAUCUAUCAUAAAUGGUGCUAUAACAGCUUUAUACUUCAUCUUGUGGGGAAAGGGCCUCAAAUCAUGUGGACCAGUUAGGCGGGCUCAUUGCAAUGUUGGCAUCUUUCUACUUCUUAUCUCAAGGGUGGGCAAUGACAACACCGAGGAUUGCACAGAAGAAGUUUUGAGCAUGACAGAAAUGAUAGUUCCAAUCCUUGCUGGAAUAUUCUCAGCUUUAAGAAGGGCGAUUGCAUGGCGUGUUUCACUCAAGAAUCAACUUAAAAGGAGGCUUCAUGCCAUAACCAUUACUGCAGCAACAUGUUUUCUGUUUCCUGUGGCCAUGUGGGACUUCAUCAUCGGAUCAACUUCUGAUAACAAGAUAGCGUUGCCGUUUUCAGCUUGGGCAUUUCUGGGCACUAUUCUUUUUGGAGUUAUCUUGAUAUUCUAUGUUGACAGCAUUGCAGAAGAGAGAUUGCACAUGGUUUUCUCUUCUCCAAGGCACUUAAUGAUAGCUGGAGGAUGCAUUAUUAUCAUGGAGAUUGUCUAUAAAAUGGACUUUUCUCUACUGGGGUUCAUUAUUUACUCGCUAAUUUUGGGUAUUGGAUCUUACGACGAAGCAGAUUAUUGGUAGAGGACGUGAGUCAGGAGGUCUCUACAUUCUGAAAAAUCAUGUACCGCGGUCGCUUGUUUGCUUCAAUACCUUAACACCUCUUGAAGCUCAUUGUAGAUUGGGGCAUCCUUAUUUGUCUACUAUGAAAAAGCUAUGUCCUCAGUUUCAGUCUUUGUCAGUACUAGAAUGUGAGUCGUGUGAGUUUGCAAAAUAUCAUCGUUUGCCUUCUGUGUCUAGAGUCAAUAAACGGGCUUCAUUCCCUUUUGAGUUAGUUCAUUCUGAUGUUUGAGGUCCUUGUUCUGUUACUUCUCAAACUGGAUUUCGUUAUUUUGUUACUUUUGUUGAUGAUUACUCUCGUAUUACCUGGUUAUAUUUAAUGAAAAAUCGUUCUGAGUUAUUUUUUAUCUUUUGUGCCUUUUGUAAUGAAAUCAAAACUCAAUUUAAUAUUUCUAUGCGCAUAUUAAGAAGUGACAAUGCCAAAGAAUACUUUUCAGCACAAUUUCAGUCUUAUAUGACAUAAAAUAACAUUCUUCAUCAGUCUUCCUGUGUGGAUACCCCAUCCCAAAAUGGCGUGGCUGAAAAGAAAAAUCGGCAUCUUCUUGAGGUAACUCGUGCUCUUCUUUUUCAGAUGAAAGUUCCUAAACACUUUUGGGCGGAUGCAUUUUCUAUGGCAUGUUUUUUGAUCAAUCGUAUGCCGUCUUCUGUCCUUAAUGGGGAUAUUUCUUAUACUACUUUGUUUCCUACAAAAUCUUUGUUCCCUGUUGAACCCCGUAUUUUUUGUUGUACCUAUUUUGUGCGUGAUGUACUUUCACAGAUUACUAAAUGGGAUCCAAAGUCUUUCAAAUGUGUCUUCCUUGGGUACUCCCGGCUGCAAAAAGGGUACCGCUGUUUCUCUCAUACUCUUAAUCGUUAUCUUAUUUUUGCAGAUGUCACAUUUUUUGAGUCCACUUCAUUUUUCCCUCAAUCAUCAGUGCAUGAGAGUCAGGGGAAGGAGGAUGAUCUCUUAAUAUAUACUAUUCAACCAAUGUUUAGUCCUUUCCCGCAGGCUGUUCCUUCUGUCCCUAGACCUACUCGACCUCCUGUUGUUCAUGUUUAUUUUAGGAGAUUGGAGAUUUCUGACUUAGAUCCUCUACCAGCUACUUCAUUGGGAGAUAUUGUACCUCAUACUGAUCAUGAUUCUGAUCUAGAAUUACCCAUUGCUCUUCAUAAAGGUAAACGUUCAUGUACUUAUUUUAUCUCUUAUUUUGUUUCUUAUAAUUAAUUGUCUUCUUGUUCUCGGUGUUUUGUUAUUUUUUUACACUCUGUUCCUAUCCCUAAUACUGGUGGUGAGACACUGUCUCAUCUUAGCUGGUGUGCUGCUAUGAAAGAGGAAAUGGAGGCUUUAGAUGCUAAUGGUACAUGGGAACUGUUGCCUUUGCCCACUGGUAAGAAAGCUAUUGAUUGCAAAUGGGUAUUUACAGUAAAGGUAAAUCCUGAUGAUUCUGUGGCUAGGUUAAAAGCACGCCUUGUAGCAAAAGGAUAUGCUCAGAUAUGUGGGGUUGAUUACUCUGACACUUUUUCUCCUUUAGCUAAACUUACUUCUGUUCGCUUGUUUAUCUCUUUAGCAGCUACAUGUGAUUGGCCCCUACACCAAUUAGAUAUCAAGAAUGCUUUCCUUCAUGGUGAUCUUCAGGAGGAGGUGUAUAUGGAGCAACCACCUGGGUUUGUUGCUCAGGAGGAGUUGGGUAAAGUUUGUAGGCUUCGGAAGUCUCUUUAUGACUUGAAACAAAGUCCUAGGGCUUGGUUGGGGAGAUUUAGUGAAGCAGUACAGGAAUUUGGUAUGCUAAAGAGUAAAUGUGAUCACUCAGUAUUUUAUAGGCAAUCUGAGGCUGAUCUAAUUCUCUUGGUAGUCUAUGUGGAUGACAUUGUCAUUACUGGGAGUGACUCUACAGGUAUUUCAUCUCUUAAAACCUUUCUCCAAACCCAGUUUCGCACCAAAGACUUGGGAUUAUUAAAGUAUUUCGUGGGUAUUUAAGUUAUGAGAAGUAAGAAGGGUAUUUUCUUGUCUUAAAGAAAAUAUGUCCUCGAUUUAUUGACAGAGACAGGAAAAUUAGGUGCUAAGCCUUGUAGUGCACCAAUGACUCCAAAUUUACAACUAUUUGUAGGGGAUAGUGAGUUGUUUGAAGAUCCAGAGAGAUACAGGAGAUCCAGAGAGAGACAGGAAAAUUAGGUGCUAAGCCUUGUAGUGCAUCAAUGACUCCAAAUUUACAACUGUUAGUAGGGGAUAGUGAGUUGUUUGAAGAUCCAGAGAGAUACAGGAGAUUGGUAGGAAAAUUGAACUACCUUACAGUCACUUGUCCUGACAUUGCUUAUGUCGUUAGUGUGGUAAGUCAGUUUAUGUCUUCCCCAACUGUUGCUCAUUGAGAAGCUUUGGGACAAAUCUUGUGUUAUCUGAAGGGCGCUCCAGGAAGAGGUUUGUUAUAUGGUAAUCAUGGGCAUUUGAAUGUUGAAUGUUUUUCAGAUGCUGACUGGGUUGGAUCUAAGGUUGACAGGAGGUCAACUACUGGAUAUUGCGUUUUUGUUAGAGGAAAUUUGGUGUCUUGGAGAAGCAAGAAGCAAAGUGUAGUUUCUCGAUCUAGUGCUGAAUCCGAAUACAGAGCCAUGGCACAAUCUGUAUGUAUGGUAAUGUGGAUACUUCAAUUACUAGAUGAGACAGGUUUUAAGACCUUCCUGCCUGCGAAAUUGUGGUGUGAUAAUCAAGCUGCUCUCCAUAUUGCUUCUAAUCCAAUGUUUCAUGAGCGAACCAAAUAUAUUGAGAUUGAUUGUCACUUUGUUCGUGAAAAAAUUCAAUAACAGAUCAUCUCAACAGAACACAUCAAAACUGGAGAGCAGUUAGGAGAUAUUUUCACAAAAACUCUGAAUGGAGCUAGGAUUGACUACAUUUGUAACAAGUUGGGCAUGAUUAACAUCUAUGCUCCAACUUGAGGGGGAGUGUUAUGGAAAGUCAAUCACUAUAUUAUUUCUUUGUAUAUUCUGUAUUCUGUAUUCCUAUUUAGGAUUUCUUAUUUAGGAUUUUUUCCUAAUUAGUAGAACACAAUUAUAGGAAUCAAUUGUAUAUAUAUACCCAUGUACAGAUUAAUUGAAAUUAAGGAGAAUCAUCUCUUUCUACACAUAAAAGCCCAUCAGGCCGUUAGAAAAAGGGCCUAUGAAAAAUGAAUAGGGCUUUAACAAUGCUUUGUUGGGCCAUGGGUCUAUUUUCAAUUCCUUGACUAUCAAUGAUUUGACGGAGAUUGUAAGACCAUGUAGAGAUGGGUCUAAACCAUUCAAGGAAUCUUGAGAGGAGGGUUCUUAAUUGGUGGUUCUGGACAUAUUGGUAAAGGGCCAAAACAGGGAAUUCAAGGGCUACUGAGUAGAGAACAGUAAAACACCAAAGAAACCUGAGUUCUUCUAAGAUUAACUCUGUUUCAGGAUGGAUGCUGAUACAGUUGAGAAAAGGAUAGUCUAGCUGGAAAAAGGGUUUUGAGGGAAUAAUUUAUCUGAGAACAUUUCUGGCACUUUGGAAAUGAAAGAGAUGCUUUCUUGCAUAGUCUUUGAGCUGUGCAGGAGCCAUGGUAGAGGAACUUCCAAGAGAAAAACCAUCUGUAGGAGGGAUCAAGGAGUUAGGAGUAUCAGGUCUUGAAGAAGAGGCCAUUAGGAUUAAUGGGAAAGAAGAAGAUGAGCAGAGUAGUUAGGCUGGUUUUGGGCUAGAAAGGAGGUUUGGUAAGAGGUUAUGUUUUCCUUUGAUGUGCUGAACCGAGAAUUUAUACUUGAAAAACCAGUCUUUGAGCCUCAACAGUUGUGGUUCUAGUAAAGUUUUAUUCUUGAAAUCCAUGAUAUUUGGAAAGGACGAGCUGUCCAUGAUAAUAGUAAAAUGGUGCCCAAUCAGAUGGAAUUCGAACUUUUUGAUUCCAUUUUUAACAACAAAUAUCUCAUUGUAAACAGAGUGGUAAUGUUUCUGGGCCUCAGUAAACUGACCACUAGCAUGACCACGUAGAAAUUUUUCACCAUUGAUUUCUUCAAGGAGAAUAGCUCCCCAGUGAGUAUUGCUGGCAUCUGUUUGAAGGAUUCUGUUGCCAAUACUGGGAAUCUUUAGAGGUGGUGGGUUCUGUGCCACUUUUUUUAAUCUUUUAACCGCAGCUAUCUGAUCCGGACCCCAAGGUGGGGCAGACUUUUUCAACAUCUUUGACAACUGACUGGUGUCUUUUGCAACAUGAGGAAUAAAUUUCCUGAUGUAAUUGAUAAUUCCCAAGAAUUGUUGAAUCUGUUUGAAUGACAAGUCUUUGUCAAAGAAUUUCAAUAAUUCUGCUACAAUGUGUGGACCAGGCUGAUACUUUCUGUAAGAGAAAUGCAUUCCAAAAAAAUCAAUUUCUUUCUGGGCCAGGGAACUCUUCUUUUCAGAAGGCAUGAUUCCAUGUGUCUGGACCAAGGUUUGGAAAGUAAUGAGGAGAUUUUUAUGAUCCUGUUCAUUUUCUGAAAAUAAUAUGAUAUCAUCAAUGUAGAUAAGAGCACUGUGAAGGAUGGUGGUGAAUAUUAUAGUUAUGGCCUUUUGAAAUAAGGAUGGGGACGUUUUAAGGCUAAAAGGAAGGACAGUCCAUUGGAAUUGAGCUGUGGGUAUGCAAAAUACAGUUUUGGGCUGAUCAGUAGGUUGGACUCCCCAUUGCCAAAAUCCUGCUUUCAAGUCAAAUUUUGAGAACCAAUGGGACUUGUAAAGUUGGGUAAAAAGGGCUUCUGGUUUAGGAAGAGGAAAUUUGAUGUUUUGGAGAAAAUGAUUGAGAGGUUUAUAAUCAAUAACCAACCUCUUUUUUCCUCGGGAGUCUUUCUGACCUUUUCUCUACUUAGAAAGCUUGACAGACCCAAGGUGAGCUCGUAGGCUCAAUUAAGCCUUGUUGUAAGAGUUGCUUACAUUCUUCUUGGGCUAGGAGGAGGUCAGUAGGAUUCAUACCCGAAUGGGUUGCUUUAGUUGGGUUUACUUCUUCAUUAGGUUUGAAAGGAAGAUGAACAUAGAAUGCUGUAUUUUUCCAUAGUGGACGGGGAUGAUGGAACUAAGAGUGAGAAUCUGCACAGGAUUCUAAGAGAAGAUCCCUGUGUUCUUGGAAUUGGGGAAUGACGUCAGUAAGAGUGAAGAGUUUGGGAAUGGAGGUGAAAGGCUAGAAUUGUCGUUUGUACUUCAAUCCAUUGGGAAGGAUCUUAAGGUGUUUGGCCUGCUGAUAUAAGUCAAACCCAAUAAGGAGAUCUUUCUCAGGAAGAUCAGAACCAAUAAUUCUAGACCAAAGAACACAGUUAGGGAAGAACUGUAUUCCAAUAAGCCUUUUUGAGAUAAGGCCCGUCUUAAAGAUUUUCCCGUCUGCGGCCUUGAAAUAUUCGUUAUGCUGGGCCCAAGCCUCAGGAGGCAGAAUGGCUGGAUUCAUCAUAGACUUGUGAGCACCAGUAUCUAAAAAUCCAAUGACCUUAAUGGGUCGGUCAUACUUGUUGGGCCAGAUUUGAAGAUUUACCAAUAGAGUGGUGAUAGAGCCAGUAGAAUGGAUGACUCGUGGAGUUUGGAUAUUCUGGGUCAGAUAGGAGGAAUAGUGUUCUUCAGUAUUUGAGGCCAAAACUCUGGACUCUUCAUCUCCUAUGAAAUCUAGAGAUAUUUCUGGAUCUGGGCAUAAAGCAAAAACAGUAUCAUCAUCUAGCUAUUUUUGUUCAGAGAACAGGGACUCAACAUCUUUAUCAUCAUUUAAUGAAACUUGUAGGGACUAGCAGAUGUACUGUAGAAGUUUAAUAGCUUUAUUGGGACUGGUAGGAUAAUUCUUCGCAUAAUGCCCCUUUUUCCCACAGAUAUAACCAUGAUCUGAUUUUUUCGAUUUGCUGCCUUGUCGUCAUUUGAAAUAUCUGAUAGUUCUUCUUCCCAUUCUUCUGCCAGAUCUUCGGGAAGGUGUUUGAUGGUGUUGAGGCUGUUUCUUGUAAUGAGACUUCUUUUUGGUUGUGCAAACACAAUCCUUUUCUUUGCAUUUAAUAGACAAAUAUGGUUUUUGGCAAACAUUCUUCAAUGUUUUGCUAUUUGCCAUAAUGCCUUUGAACAUCUGCUGUUGAUCACACAUCUUUUCUACACAUGCUAAUGCCAUCUGAUGGAUCUCUCCAAUAGAGAUGGUAUUCAUCUCUCUUCUUGUAGCAGAAAUAGAACGAUGUAGUUCUGGUUGGAGUUGUUCAGGAAGAAAGGCUAUAUAGGUUUGUCUGAGGUUGACAUCAUUAAACUCAUUCAGCAAAUAAUAUCUUUGAACCAUCCUUUGAUAAUGCUUUUCAACGUCUGCUCUUCUUUUUAAAGAGCAACAACGCAUAUCAAAGUAUUAUUGGCGGAUUUGUUUGUUGAAUAAUCCAGCAUCACCAAGAAAUUCAGAGAAGAUAGUGUUGGCAGCUUGGAGAGGAGACAAAUGAUAAAAUUGGGCCAAAUGAUAAUUUCCCAAUGAUUUGAACCAAUCUUGCAAAGAUCCAGUAGUACGAGAAAUAAACUCUCUUAAUACUACAUGAGAAUCAGCUCCUUGCCUUAGCAUUUAGACGUCUAUCCAAACUUUGAACUCAGCUAGUCUGCUGCGCCAUUGGGCUGGAGGGAGAUCAUCCAGAGUAAACCAUGGGCCUGAACUGGGCUUUGUAGCCUGUUGAGUAUUUGGAAGAUCAAAAUGGACUUCUUCUGUUUCUUCUUCAAGAAUUUCAACAUUGGGCUGAGCCUGUGGAGGAAGCGAAGGAGGAUUCUCAUGGGCCGUUCCAGAUGGUCCAAUAGCUCCAGUUCUGGAGGCUUCAGAGGGAGUUGUUUGGGGUGGAUCUGCCAUUAGUAAAGCUAUGAUGUCAGCUUGCUCAUCAUCACUGAAAGAGUUUGAGAAAGCUUCACUGUCCUCAGCAGAGGAUUCUUCUAUGGAUUUAGAAGUCGGGAAAACCAUAUGUUGUGGAGGCAAUGGAGGAUCAAGGUACAUUUUUGCUUUACCCUUAUUGAUCUUUCUUCUGGUGUUUGGCAAGGAUUCAUCGGAAGAGGAAAGACUUUGUUCCGGCCUUUUAGAGGGAACUGGUAGAGCAGAAAAAGGACUUGGGGAAGACAUGACCUUCUGGAAUAGAGGUGAAGGAUUAUAAGGUGGUGGUUCAGUAUAGCUGUAAUUGAGUGACGGUGUAAAGGCUGAGUAUGGUGAGGCAGGUGUAGGCAAAAAAGCACUUGGGGUAGUCAUGAUGAAAGGACUUUGGGUACUAACAUUGGCAAAUGAGUUAUGUGGUUUUGUGGCUUCAGAGAAAACAGGCUUAUGAAGAUCAGCUUCUAUCUGGGCUAUUUGAGACUUUAGUCUUUUAAUUGCUGCUUCCUUAUGGGAAAACUCAAUCCCAAAAUUUCUCUGUUGAAUAAGGGAUCGAAGAUCCUUAUCAAGCUGAAUGAUUUGAGCUUGAAGAUCAGCAUGCAUUUUUUGAGCAAAUUUUGUAAAAGAAUCCACCUUCUGUUCUGUCACUUGAGAGUGAGUGAGAACCCUAUCAAUUUUGGAAUCACUCUGCUCAAGAGCUUUGUUUUGUGCAACAGCAUUUCUGGUUUGCCAGUUUAAAACUUCUUCUGUAGGGGUGAUUGGCAAGGGUUGGCCUUCAGGAGAAACUUUUGAUGAUUGAAUAAAAGGCCUGGUAGAAAUCUUUGUUUUUGAAUCAGUUUGUUGGCUAAGAGGAGGGUAUUUUGUUUCAUAGGUAGGUGUAAACAUCAUACAAGGUGAAACAAGGGGUAAGGUAGGAAGAGGUUUUGGUGGAUCAGGCUCAAACUCUUCAGGAUCUUCAGGAGGAAGAAUUCCUUCUUUCCUCAAGAUCGCUAAAGCAAGAUCAUAUAUGGGCAAAGGCUUUUUCUUUUAGGUUUCUUCAUGGAUUCCUAUCCACGGGCCAUUGUCAGGAUGAUCCUGUUGAAAAUGUUGCUGUUGCUGAGAUUUACAAAAAAACUCUGGAGGUUUUUUUGUAGUUUUCUCCGGUUCUUGUCAGAGAGUGGGUGAUCAUAUUCUCGUUUCCAGUAGUUGUCACAACAAUCACAUUCUGGGUCGCAUUCACCAGAUCUUGGGAGAUCCCAAGGACAAUGUUUAUUUAUUGGCUUUGGAUAAAUAUAAUGACCAUCUCCAGAAAGAGCACAGACUGGAAAUUCUUUAUGCUCUUUAGUCAUAGGCUGAAGCAUCAUUGUUUGGAAAAUAGGGACAGACCCCAUCGAGUGCCGAGCGGGCUGGAAAGAGGUCUGGACAGUCCCAUCUGGUCUCCUUUGGAAGGAAGAUUCAGUAAUUUGUAUUGGAUGAGAGGUGGCAUGAAUCUUUUCAUAAUUAGUCAACCAAUCUUUAGGAAUGAGUUACUCCAACUCAUUUCUUGACAGCUGUCUAGGGAUUUGUACAAUAGUAGGGGUGGUCUCUGUAUCAGCCAAUACUAGCAGAGCGUCAGUAGAUACUGAUGCUUGGCCUGGAUCUACCGCAUGAUCUUGGAGUCUGUAAAUGAUCUGAUGGUGUAUUGUGGCCAUCAUUGAGGAUGCCACUUGUUCAGCUCCAGUCAGCUGUACUUGAACCUUUAAAGCAUAGCAUAGAUUAACAUCCCGGAGUGACAUGUUGUAAUUGGGGAAGAAAGUAAAGACAACACUACCAGCAUGUAGUGUGGUCAAACAUGUGUCAAUAACUGCAUGUUCAUGCUGUAAAAAGCGAGUGUCUAGAAGAGAGACACGUGCAGUAACAGGAAGACCUCUUCGUCCAUGUAGAGUGAGGAUGAGACGAACAGCUCCAAAAUGAAGGUGAGAAUAUCCUUCAUUUCUCCAUCGAGGAACCAGGGGAGAAGCAAUCUCCAAUGUAACAUAUUGUUCUACCGAAGUACUUUGGAGACUACACUGAUCCAUCUUUGAAGCUUGAAUAUAUUCUUUAGGAAGAGAUCGACGAGUGGAAAUAAGAGAUCUGAUACUCUUAGUGAAAGAUCCAGGGCGUCGAUAAAUAUGGUAAGGACUAAGAAGAGGGAGAAGUGAUUCUCCGACCUGAGCAUCUUCAGGAAGGUUGGAGAUUUCUACAAGAUUAUCAAUUAUAGAAGAAAGGGUUCUUCUAAGGGGUGUAGAGAAGGAUAAGGAGGAGGUAAGAUUAAUAAUAUCAGAAGGGGUUGGAUGUUGAUCUUCUUCUUACCAGACCUCCUUUCUCGCCCAAAACCAGCCUAACUACUCUGUUCAUCUUCUUCUUUACCAUUAAUCCUAAUGGCCUCUUCUUCAAUACCUGAUACUCCCAACUUCUUGAUCCCUCCUACAGACAGUUUUCCUCUUGGAAUUCCUCUACCAUGGCUCCUGCACAGCUCAAAGACUAUGCAAGAAAGCAUCUCUUUCAUUUCCAAAGUGCCAGAAAUAUUCUCAGACAAACUAUUCCCUCAGAAUCCUUUUUUCCAGCCAGACUAUCCUUUUCUCAACUGUAUCAGCAUCCAUCCUGAAACAGAGUUAAUCCUAGAAGAACUCUGGUUUCUUUGGUGUUUUACUAUUCUCUACUCAGUAGCCCUUGAAUUCCCUUUCUUGGCCCUUUACCAAUAUGUCCAGAACCACCAAUCAAGAACUCUCCUCUCAAGAUUCCUUGAAUAGUUUAGACCCAUCUCUACAUAGUCUUACAGUCUCCAUCAAAUCAUAGAUGGUCAAGGAAUUGAAAAUAGACACAUGGCCCAACAAAGCAUUGUUAAAGCCCUAUUCAUUUUUCAUAGGCCCUUUUUCCAACGGCCUGAUGGGCUUUUAUGGACCCAGAACACUUCUUAUGACUGGAGAGUCUAUACUGGGACUAUCACAGACAAAGGGGCUAUGAGCCCAUUAAGAAGACAACUAGCCCAGCAUCUUUGUGAUAUAAAUAAUUUCACUCAUACAUCGGAUACUCAAGUCAUAUCUGUCACAUUGGGACCACCAUCCACUCCACCAGAUGGACCCAUCAAUUGGACAGAUCCAGCUUUCCAAGAUUCCCAAGACCCGAUGGAACUUGACCAAGAUGCUCUAGACACUACUGCCAGCGCAACCCCACUUUCUCCAGAAGAACAUGGGCCCUGGUAUCAAGGUUUUUACGGUGACUUAGACUCUGAUGACUCAGAAUAUCAUCACUACAAUCUGUCUUCUCCAUUAUCAAAGUCCCCAUGAUAGCUGGUCCCUAUGAUAGCCAGAUCCAUGACUUAAAGUAGUGUCGGCAGUCACAUAUGUGUUUCACUUUAUAUAAAGCUUUUCUGUUUGCUUUACUUUAUCAAAAGCCUAUCUGUAGGCCUUGCUUGUAAUAAUUAUCUUCUAGAAGUUCUUCCCUCUAUAUAAGGAGAGCUCCGUUAGUGUGUAAGGCAUUCAAAAUUUUCAAUAACAUCUCUGAUUUCUCUUAUCCAUGGCUUUCUAAAUUUUCUCUCAUCUCUGUCUGAAGUUCAAGAAUGUAUAGUAUUCAUCUGUAAGCAGAUGUACGAAUGCUCUGCACUUGCUUUGUUAAUACAUAUUGUUAUUGGUCCUAAGAAGCUACGGUCCUCUUUAAUACAUACUGUAUGCAUACAAAAGGACUCCCAGCCUAAGAGUACCUAUGGAGAGGGAAGUGGCAUUGAGUAUGAGUACUGUAUGCAGUAUGUGUUAAAGAGGCUCCCGGCCCCUCCUGCUCUGCCAACUCUAUUUUCUCUGAAUUUCUUGGUGAUGCUGGAUUAUUCAAGAAACAAAUCCGCCAAGAAUACUUUGAUAUGCACUGUUGCUCUUUAAAAGAACAGACAUUGAAAAGCAUUAUCAAAGGAUGGACUUUGAUAAUGGAGAAGACAGGUUGUAGUGGUGAUAUUCUGAGUCAUCAGAGUCUAA